UACUCUCGAUUUAUCAAUAGAGUCUUAUUUCUAUAAUCCACCAUGAGUGAUCCGAACAAUCCCAACAUCCAGGACCGAACAACGCCCCAAUGGGGUCUCUACCAACGCGAGAACUUCCUCAAGUUGAACGAAGGCAAAACAGCCCCAUUCAACACCGAUCCAACAAAACUCGAACAAAAAGCACGCGAAACCCUCAGCUUAGGAGGCUGGUACUACGCCUCUUCCAACGCCGGCCUCUCAACAACACACCUCGCAAACCGGCAGGCCUUCUACAGGCACCGCAUAGUCCCCAACCAGCUCGUGGACACAAACCACCGCGACACAACAACCGAGAUCUUCGGGCACCGCGUGUCCGCACCUAUCGGCUUCGCGCCAAUCGGGAUAAACAAGAUCUACCACCCAUCCGCCGAACUCGCCGUCGCGAAAGUAGCCGGCGAGCUGAACCUGCCGUACUGUCUCUCGACGGCGGGGAGUUCGCCGAUUGAGAAAGUCGGCGAAGCGAAUGGGGAAGGGAACCCGCGGUUCUACCAGCUUUACAUGCCACAUGAUGAUGAGUUGACGGUGUCGCUGCUAACGAGGGCAUGGAAGUCCGGGUUCGAUGCGUGCAUGUUGACGACGGAUACGUGGCAGCUGGGGUGGCGGCAUGACGAUGUCGCGAACUCGAACUAUGCGUUUUACCGCGGCAUGGGUGCGGAUUUGGGGCUUAGUGACCCUGUCUUCCAGAAGCGGUGUCGCGAGGAGGGGAUUGAUGUGGAAAAGGACGCUGUUGCGGCGUCGGUCAAGUGGAUUGAUUCGGUGUGGCAUGGGCGGGCGUGGUCGUGGGAGAAGAUUCCAUGGUUGGUUAAGACGUGGAAGGAGAUUUCGGGGGGCAGGCCGUUUGUGAUUAAGGGGAUUCAGUCGGUGGCGGAUGCGAAGAAGUGUGUUGAGUAUGGGGUUGAUGGGAUUGUUGUGAGUAACCAUGCUGGGAGACAGGUGGAUGGGGCGAUUGCGAGUUUGGAUGCACUGGAGAAUAUUGUUGGUGCGGUGGGAGAGCAGUUGUAUAUCAUGUACGAUUCCGGAGUGAGGGGAGCGAGUGAUGUUGCAAAGGCGCUGGCUUUGGGCGCGAAAUUUGUCUUUAUUGGGCGGCUUUGGAUCUGGGGGCUCAGUAUUAUGGGCGAGGAAGGGGUGCGCCAUGUCAUGAAGUCGCUUUUGGCGGACUUUGAUAUCCUCAUGGCGGUUGGUGGGUUCAACAGCGUGGAGGACUUUGAUAAGUCUAUCUUAGGUAUGUGCGCCGCCUGGCAAGGAGUUGUUUGGCCCGAAGCUCACAUUGUUGCAGAGUCCUAUCCCAAGUCGUAUACGUUGAUUCCAGACAGGGUGCUAUGAUCAUUGAAGCCAUACAUUGAAGAGCAUCAGAAAUCGUUGUAUCCAAUAGGUAGUAUAUUUCUAGUACCGGCAUGUAUUGAAACAAUGCCAUGAAUCAACAUGUUGUAUCUGAUUAUAAUGAUAUAUGUAGUGAAAUCGGCACGCAGUGACAAGUGGAUAUGUAAAGAGGACAAAAUAUAUGUAUCAUCCCAAGUUGGGAAAACCGCUAAAUAUAAGACAAGAAUAGAAGAGUGGUCAAAGCAAGCAAGUCGUAACUGGGCACUCUAGAGGCAGGUG